GUUUCCAUUUCUCUGAGCGCAUGCAUGCAUGUGUGUGUGUGUGUGUGGACUCGUUGAAGCUGUGUGACGGUGCCGGUGAGCUUCAGAUGCAGGAGCAGUUUGAGCAGUGACUCGCCUCCUCUUCAUCCUCCUCCUCCUCUUCAUCCUCCUCCUCCUCCUCCUCCGUGCCGUCAUGCUCAGCUCCUGAUGCGCGCAGAGGACGCAGGCGACCCGGGAGACAGCGAGAGGGGCGUGAUGGCCGGACGCGCCCUGACUCGGCCACACAUCUGUAGAUAUCCGCCCGGGCUUCCGUUGGCUUCCCCUGUUCGUCCUCCUUGCUCCCUCACCCAUGUCCUUCUCCCCGCCCGCCUCCCUGGAUGGAUGCUGCUGUCAACACACAUGUGCGCCUCGCAGUGAGAGCCCAUGAUCCGGGACUGCGCACAGCUGCGGGUGCACGGUGCCACGCUGCCUCAGGGGGACACUGAGGAAUUCACAGAGGAAGUCUUCACCUGUUCACGUCCCAGCUGCUGCUCGUGACUGUAUGGAUGACGUGUGAUGCGGGACAGUUGUUCUUCUGGAUUGAAUGAAGAUUUCUGCUCCGGAGUGGAGAGGAUGUGCCACACACAGGAUGUGGCUGCUGCACAUACAAAUAAGGUCAAGUAAAUCGUUUCCCUACAGGAGGAGGCAUCAGACAACAGAAUGAAGAUGUGUGUGUCUGAGUAGCUGGGUGCAGAUUUGAAUUUGGGUGUUUUCUAGGGAACAAAAGAGCUUCUUGGAUUCAGGGAAGGUCGACAAGAGUGGAUUUUCUUUCCCAGAUUAAAAUUUAAAUGACGAUGAACAAAGAAAUCUGCGCCUGACAGUAACGUUUGAAACAAAGACUCGGGGAUUUGGGGGAUGGAUGAAACCAGCAGCCGCUCUGCUGCUGGAUCUUCUGAGGAGAAACUUAAUCUCCCUCCAUGUAAGUUUUCUGCCUCCGUCGUGCCGUCAGAUUCUUUCACAUCCCAACACGCCGGUGAGCUGUCAGUGGUUCUGUCUGUCAUUCACCUGCUGUGAGUCCACUGAAGCCUGACCCCAUGAGCGGCGCCCUGCAGCAACGCACCACCUACCUCAUCUCCCUCACCCUGGUCAAGGUAGAGGCCGUGGAGGAGAAUGGAGGAGAGGCCAAGAACAGCACCCAGGGGAAGGAGGUGGAGGCCGGGUCAGGAGGAAGGGCAGAGGAGGAGGCCGGGGUGAGAGUGGAGGCUGAAGGUGGAUCCCCGGCACAGGCCGAGAACGGAGCUGGAAUGAUUACAGGACAUCCACAAAGAGCCGAGGAUGCUGCUGGUGUGGAGGGGGUUGAAGAUGGAGAGAGAACACCCCUCAGCCCUUUGAAAGACGAGGCCCCGUCCUCCGUGGAGAGGAGUAGAGGAGGUGAAAAGCCUCCAUACAGCCUGUCCAUCCCCUCACCUGCUGAGACGCCUCACAACAACAAGUCUCCAGGGACAGACUUCAGAGUUGAGACGACACUUCCCACUCCAGAGGCAAAGCAGUGCCGCUCUCCCUCUGUCACCACAACACCGCCAACGGAGGUGCAUGUGGAGCCCAGCCGCACCCCGACCAGGACCAGCCUCCCUAUCCGUCCAGCGGGACAGCGGCCCGUCAGUCUCCUGAAGUCUCACAGCAGCGUGGCCACCCGAGGUCGAGACUCCAGGGACGGCAGAGAGCGCAGCCCCACGUCGGCCCAGAGCCUCGACCGCAAGGACUGCCGGGUGCCGAUGCGUUCUCCGGGCCCCUGCAGGGCCUCCUGGGCCGAGGCGAGCCGGCCGGAGGACUGGAGGGACCUGCGGGACGAGGCUCAUGCUGGAAUACCUUUAGAGGCGGGAGGUGGCCUGGCUGCGGUGAUGAGAGACAUCCCCAGGAAGGACAGACUGAAGGCCGGUUCCACCUCUCUACCUUCUCCGGCCAACAUGGGGUCCAAACCAACACGCAAAGGCAAAAGCCGCACGUUGGACAACAGCGACCUGAACAGCCUCACUGAAGACCUGGGCCUGGUCCAGCAGGCGCAGCCGGGCCAGCGCGCCUCCGCCAAGGACCGGAAGAUGCUCAAGUUCAUCAGCGGCAUCUUCACCAAGAGCAGCUCCGGGACGGUGGGCUCCUCCUCCACAGCGCCCCCUGUCUAUAUCCAGAGAGACUCCAGCGAGGAGGAAGUGAACAUCGCCAACAGCCAGGAGUGGACGCUGAGCAGAUCCAUCCCCGAGCUGAGGCUGGGUAUUCUGGGAAGUCUGAAAAGCGGAAAGUCAGCGCUGGUGAACAAAUACAUCACAGGCAGCUACGUUGCUCUGGAGAAGACUGAUGGCGGCCGGUACAAGAAGGAAGUGCUGGUGGACGGACAGAGUCACCUGCUGCUGAUCCGGGAGGAGGCCGGAGCGCCGGAUGCUCAGUUCUGCAGCUGGGUCGAGGCCGUGAUCCUGGUCUUCAGUCUGGAGAACGAGGCCAGCUUCCAGGACCUGUACCAGCUCUACAGCCAGCUCAGCACCUUCCGCACGGACCUGCCGCUCAUAGUGGUCGGCACGCAAGAUAAGAUCAGCAGCUCCAACCCCCGUGUGAUCGAGGACCAGCGAGCCCGGCAGCUGUGCGUGGACGUGCGCCACUCGCUGUUCUACGAGACCUGCGCCACCUACGGGUUCAACGUGGACCGGGUGUUUUCAGAGGCCGCUCAGAAGAUCGUGGCUCAGAAGAAGCAGGCGGCGCUGCAGGCCUGCAAGUCUCUACCCAACUCCCCCAGUCACUCAGGAGGCUCCACGCCGGGGUCCGCCUCGCUGCCGGGACAGACCUGUAACGGCCCCAGCAGUGGGGGCUACGCCUACUCCCUCCCCUCCACCCCCGUGGUGAGUCACAGAGAGCUGCGGGUGGCACAGGGCGAGGGGGGGGGCAGCAUCAACUCACGAGCGCUGAAGGGCAUCCCGAGACGCCCCUCCCUCUUCAAGAACCGCGACUCGGAUAAGAAAGCUGCCGACGCUAAAGGAGACCAGAGCGGAGCCCGGGGGGUUCCCAUCAAACAGAGCAUCCUGUGGAAGAGGAGUGGAAGCUCGCUGAACAAGGAGUGGAAGAAGAAAUACGUCACCCUGACCAGCAGCGGCUCGCUGUCGUACCACUCCAGCUCCAGCGAUUACACACAGAAUGUCCACGGGAAGGACAUCGACCUGCUUCGUGUGACGGUUAAAGUUCCUGGGAAACGUCCUCCGAGGGCGGUGGCUCCCACGGGGCCCCCCCCUGCGGCCCCCGGCCUCCUACCUGGAGUUAACGGGCUGAGCAAAGAGCCGCCGGCCGCCGACAGCACCAGCACCGUCCCUCAGCUGUGUCCGUCCACCCUGUCCGUGGUGGAGGAUCGCUCCGGUGGACUCUCGCCUCAAGGUGGAGACAGAGGUCUCCAGCGCUGCUCGUCCUCGUUGUCCACCAAAGCACAAAGUGUUGACGCCCUUGAAGGGACGGCCUGUCCUUUUACCGGAAAGGACGUGGGACAGUCGUCUCCCAUGAGCGACAGGAAGAAGAACCGGAGGAAGAAGAGCAUGAACCAGAAAGGAGACGCAGCCGUGGGACAGGCUGAAGCCAAACGUAAAAUGUGGAAAUUAAAGAGCUUUGGUAGCUUGAGAAACAUUAAUAAGACAGACGAGGAGAACGCAGACUUCAUCGUGGUGUCCUUCACGGGACAGACGUGGCACUUCGAGGCCAAGAGUCUGGAGGACAGGGACUCGUGGGUGUCGGCUAUCGAGAGCCAGAUUCUGGCCAGUCUGCAGUCGUGUGAGAGCGGCAGGAACAAGGCCCGUCGGACCAGUCAGAGCGAGGCCGUCGCGCUUCAGGCCGUCCGAAACGCCAAAGGCAACGGCCUGUGUGUGGACUGUGAGGCUCCCAAUCCCACCUGGGCCAGUCUCAACCUGGGCGCGCUGAUCUGCAUCGAGUGCUCGGGGAUCCACCGGAACCUGGGAACUCACCUGUCCCGCGUCCGCUCGCUGGACCUGGACGACUGGCCCCCGGAGCUCACACAGGUCCUGGCCGCCAUCGGGAACCACAUGGCCAACGGCAUCUGGGAGGGCUGCACGCAGGGCCGAACCAAGCCCACGCCCAACGCCACACGUGAGGGACGAGAGUCCUGGAUCCGUGCGAAGUACGAGCAGCGGGCGUUUGUCAGUCCUCUCCAGCCGCCCCCGGGGACCCAGCCGCCGGACGAUGGUCCCCCGGGGUGGCUCCUGUCUGCGGUGACGGAGAGGGACCUGCCCCGGCUGCUGCUCCUCCUCGCCCACAGCACCAAGGAGUGGAUCAACGCUCCGCCAGCCGGCUCCACCUCCGCGCCGCGCACCGCCCUGCACGCUGCCUGUCUCCUGGGGGACGUGGUCAUGACUCAGCUGCUCGUCUGGUACGGGAUCGACGUGAAGGCGAAAGACAGCCAAGGCCAGACGGCCAUGAUGAUGGCCCGGAAGAACGGGAGCAAAGGCUGCAUGGAUAUUUUGCUCCAGCACGGCUGUCCUAACGAGACGUCCCCCACCACUGCCACGCCCGUCCUCUCCCGCCGCUCCAGCACCGCCAGCCUGGGCCGGACCAGCUCCAGGAAGCGGGUGUCGUAGCUCGGGCUGCAGACGCUGCGGGGGAGGAGUCUGUACUAUAAGAACAAAUCACAGAACUAAUGAUUUAAAAAAAAAAUGCUUCUGAAGACUGAACAACAUAUCAAACAACUUAAAAAAGCAAUAUUCACCAUGUUGUCGAUGACAGAUGUAAUAUUGCUGAGAUGCUGUGUUGUUGUCGACCUCAAAUACGAAACGACUCGAGUAGAAGUCUGUAGCCGUCGUCUGUAGUUUCCGAGCAGACUCUGGAUCUGCUCUGGUUCCACUUCGUCCAGAUGAAGUGCAAUAAUCCUCUGAGGGAGAAGCACCAGGUCUCCAGGGAGCUGCUUCUACUCACGUCUUCUGUGACCGGACCAAAACGUGCUUUCUUUCCUUUGGCUUGACAGAUAAAACAUAAACCUACAAGACGUCCUGGUGUUAGUUGCGUGUCCCUGUUGCCGCAGUGUUAAGGUCCGUUUAUAUAUAUAUAUAUAAAGGGAUCGGCUGAGAUUAUUCUGCUUAGACUAGAAACAUGAAUGGUUUUGGAUUAUGAAAUAUGUCAGUGUUACUCUCACAGGUCAAGGACUUUAAUAUUCUGUAAAUGUAUCUAUACUACAAACUUAAUGUUUCACUCUGUAACGAAGACACAGACUCGACUUUGUAAAUGUUUUCUUACAGGUAGUUUUGAAAAUAUGUCAAGUUUGUUUUUUUCAUUGUCUUUUUUAUAAUUUCUUAUCCUCUGACACGUCACAGAAACAUAAACCAGUAAAAAACUAAAAAAAAGUUUGACAUGUGUAAACAUGUGGCUAUUUGUUGAAAGGUUGCUUUGGGAUGACGACAUGAUUCAUACUCAUAUUCCUGUUGUGUAGGUCGAUCCCAUGACUCCCAGUAUGAAGCAGGUGCAGGUGUCACUGUCACUUUGACUCUGUGGUCGAGUGAAUCCCUCAUGAGCUCAAACAAAUAGUUACCAGAAUAAAAUAAAGUUUGUACAAA